GUUUGUGGUCUCUUCGUCGUUUUUGAUAUCGAUUCGAGUCUCAACGAAUAUCCUUGGUUAUCUGCUUAACUUUUCAUUGGUCUGUCAAACCCCAAGGACCGCUAGGAUACCGUCAAGAAUCAAACAAAAAAAAGAACCAAUAGUCUCCCGUACUGUCACAAUUUCCGGUUAACGACCUUCCGUCGACGAGUCAUCAUUCCGAAGUUGACUUAUAUCCUCCUUGUCGGAAGGGAAUUAUGAUCCAUCUCGAUCGUAACCGCAAUGAACUCGAUUCUGACAAUAAUUCAAAUCUAAUCUUACCCGAAGAUCAUACUGCUUUCUCUUGGGUACAUGACGACUCCCACCACAAUUAUUUCACAAACUCUUUGUCCGACUUAAAUAUCCCAGAUCAUCAUCUUCAUCCUCCGGUUCAAUCCGACAUACAUCAGCUCGAGGGUCAGAACACUCCUACAUCAUCUUCCCCUCAUGCUGCUGACGACAAGAGUUCGUCCCUUUCCCCUCCUCCAGACUACACUUCUCCUCAAAUUAAACGCAAGACAACUCCAUUACCUACUCAAGAAGACAAUCACGACUCCGAGAAACAAGAACCAGACGCAGACGACGAUGGAGAUGGUUCUUAUUCUCGCCAACUUACCCCCCUCACAGACCUAUCAGCAGUACCAGAUGGAGACGACAGCUUGGACUUUGAAAAGAAGGAUAGUAGUACAGGCGACAUAGAGGCGCAGCCUGAGCAGAUUGGUGAUUCAAACACUGCACCAGACAAACCAGACAAUCGCUGGGUCGAAAAACGCGCGAUCAAUGGCACCACAUCUCCGGUCCGCUCAAUCCCCAGCUCACCCGCAAGACAGCCCCAUCCAUUACCUGUCGCUGGUCCCUCUCAAACAAACCAGAGACUUGGCCCAUCUGCAGGACCAUCUCAUUCAAGACGACCAUCCAGGGAAAUGGUUUCAGUUAGCCAAGUCCCAUCCCCCAACAUCUCGGCCGGAAAUUUAAGUACUGGCGAACCAAAAGUCGUUCGGAUUUUAGAGAUCAACUCGGAGCUGUUAAAAGUGUGCAUGGAAUUUCAGACACGUGGCGUCCCCCCGAAUGACCCUCGCUUCGGCCAAUUUUCCAGUCGCCUACAUGUAAACCUGACCUGGCUAGCAUCUGCUGCAGACCAUCACCGGUGUAAUGAUCCUAAACUCCAGUUGCCCAUAAUGGAAGCUCCUAAUCCCGUCGAAUUUGCAUCCAUGGAUCGAAUACAUCACCUCUAUGCUGAUCUACCCACCAUUUUCGCAAAGGAACUCGCACGACGACAGUAUGCCUCCGGCGCUCAAUAUUCUCCCACCACAUCGGCUGCACUUCUAAAUGGCACAUUAAAGCGCAGCCGACCAGACGAAAUGGUCGACCUCAUGAACAAAAGACGCGACAUGGGUGACACGAAACCCCACUCCAUGCACCCACCCCCAAUUCCAUCCAUAUCUAUAUCUGGUGCUGGCCAGCGCUCCAGCCCAACAUCCUCCUUCCCUACAGCCACCCAGCAAAAUAUGUCCGCAACUCCCAUGCCGCAUAGCCCACGUGUCUCUAGUCCCUCCCUAGCCAUGCCUCCACCACUGUCCACACCUUCACUACCCUUCGGUGCCACCGAGGCAUCAAUAGCCGCCACCACACGCGCUCGCGCAAGGGAGAUGCAGAUCCAUCAAGCACGAGAGCAACAACUGCGAGCAGCGCAGAUGCAACAACAAAUGCAAGCCCCGAGGCAGAUCUCCCCUCCCGAUACCUCCCCACGAAUCCCACAAAAUUCUGGGCCAGGCGCACAGCAACAUCCGCACGCAUCAUAUGGGCCUAAUCCCUCACCGAUGCAUAUUCUCCAAAAUCCCAGCCAUCCGCUCAUGGCUUAUCUUAUAUCCCAGAUGCCCAACUUCACCAGUCUGCCAUUACCUCAACAGUUGCAGAAGCUCACGAGUUUUCAGAGUCUUUUAGCGCAGAAGCAGCAACAGAACCCGUCCAAUCAGCAACGCCCGCCUAUGCCUGGUCAAAUGCCCAAUCUAGGACAGAAUCCCUCCAUGUCGCCUAUGUCCAACGCCCCAAUGCAAAGCGCCGGUCCAAGUCCAGUGUCCCCCCUCGGCCAGCAAUCACCCGUCGUAUCCCAAUCCCAGCAGAUGAACGCUCAAUCCCAGCAAAGCGGCAUGUACCCGUUCAAUAACCAAGGCCACAAUGCACCUAGCGUAGACCCCCGCAUAGCAGGCUCCAAUUUCACGCAACAAAUGCCUGGCAACGUGGGCGCCAUGAACAUCCACCAGCAACGGCUCAUGCUCAUGCAACAACAGCAACAACAAAUGCGGAGUUCUGGUGGGAAUAUGAACGUCACGAAUCAGCAACAGGCGUUUGCGAUGCAGCAGCGGAUGCCUCAGGGCGGUCCAUCGCAAGUGGGCGGUUCCCCUAUGUCGGCUCCUGCUAGUGAUACGUUCCCUGCUUUGCGCUCGAAUUCGACUAUUCCUGGGAUUGCACGGAGUGGACGGUCGCCUUCUGAAAGCGUGCAUUCUCCUAUGACGCCUCGCGCCCCAUCGAGGCUUUCGUCGCAACCCCCUAUGCAGCCUGAAGACUAUCAGAGGGCGAUGACGCAGCAGGCACAACCGGGCAUGAUGGGAACGCCACAGAACGCUGGUUCAUUCCAUCCGCAAAUGCAAUUUCACCAGUGGCAGAACGGCCAGCAGCAGCAGCAGCAACAGCAACAGCAACAGCAACAGCAGCAGCAGCAAUUAUCGCUCGGAGGUCAAAUGAAUGGGUUUGGGAUGAGCCCUCAGGGAGGUGCAGGAGUAGGAAACAGUCCAUACGGCGGUUCCAUCUCACCUUCUGCGCCCAACUGGCAACAGCAACAGCAGAGCAUGAACGGAUAUUACCCCCAAGGCAAUCAACGCCCACCAAACGUGCCUGGCGUCUCCAUGCAACAAAACAUCAGUCCAGUAGGCGACACUUCCGGGACGAGUGAAUACGACAUAUUUAACUGGAAUGGUGGUCCAUGAGCUGUUCUGUCCUGUCCUGUUCUGUCGUCGUCGAUGAGGAUGCUGAUUAUCAUCUUAUUAUUGUUUUCGCGGCUCAGGCUGUUCUGUUCUGUUAUCGCACCCCCCUGCUCGUACAUACAUACACGACUUGUCUGCUACUAUACGUUUCAUUUGAUGAUAUUUUCUUUUUUUUUCGUUUUAUAUAGCUUUUUUCCCUUCUUUUUCCUCCCCCGCUCUAUGUCUGUAUUUUGUAGACGCUUUUUUUCUGUGAAUGUUGAUCUGAUGAAGGUCAUUGGGGCGGGGCUGUUACUCUGUUGGACUUCUACAUAGUGUUAUUAAUUUAUAGGGGAAUUACUAUGAUCGAAUGCCUGAACAGU